AUGACACUUCUUCUUGAAAAUCAUUUUUAUACUUCUCGUAGUGCUCGUCGAUGUGGUCAACCUUGUUCUGAAACACCUCGUAAACGUACCGAUGAAGUCACUCGUUCGUCGGCCAAGGAAACAACUGAUCUCAUGGACGAUUUAUUGAAUGAAUUAUCACAUGCGAGAAAUACACGACUCCUUUCGGAAACUGAAAACAUCUUGGCCGACGAAGACUAUGUUAGUUGGACCGGUUGGACAAUUGAACAGCUUCGCAAUAUGGCAAUGCUUAUUGUUCCGUACAUGAGAGCUUCAAAACAUCGUACACCAUUUGAAGCUGUAUGUUUAUUUUGGAUUAAUCUGAAGACAAAUCUUUCGCUUCGUCAAAUUGGAACUUUGUUCAAAAUAUCUACAUCAGAGGAGAGUAUUCGGCGUCGUAUUGAGGAUACAUUUCAUAAUCUGAAUCAUUUGACUGGUGCCGAAGCACUUAAUCAUCAUACAUCUUAUUCUAAAGUUUUCUUUGGUGAUCAAUUAUCGAUUAUAUGGGACGGUACUUAUAUUUAUUGCAACAAAUCAAAUGAUCAAACAUUACAACGUGAUUGA